UUUUUCAGGCCUGAAAAGUCGAGCUUUGUUACCAGGCCGCUUGUAGGGGAGAUCUCGAGGAAGUCAAAAAGAAAGCUCUAUGUCUCCUACAUCAUCCUCGUCCGGUAUCCUCGCCGGAGAAGCCCCAUCCGGCGUGGUCGUACCGAUCGCUUUCCAUAGCCAUUCGCAAGCGGAAUAUCGAAAUAGUGCGAUUCUUGCUUGAUGAGAACGUUGCAGAUGGAAAUCUUCCUGCUGAGCUUGCUGUACGUGGGCGAGCCUGGGAAGUGUUGGAACUGCUCUUUUAGUACGGAUGGGAUAUAAACCAAUCCAAGGGUCGGAACGAACCCCCUGUGUUGAGCAUAUGUACCUCGGAUAGAGAAAUGGUUAAGUGGUUGCUCAACCAUGGUGCCGAUCCCAAUACCCGUGUGGGAUUACACCCCCACGUCUCGAGCCGUGUACUUGGCUCCUCUGGAAGUUAUAGACUAUUUGUUCUCUCGAGGAGCCGACGCUCGCUGUGGCCAACUCCUCCAAUAUGCUGUCCACAGGGACACACCCGAUGCUCUAGAUGUGGUUCGUCGGCUUGUGGAGCAAGGGGCACCAAUCAAUGAAGUCAAAUAUGAAAAGGAACCGGUGGUGUAUUGGAAGCGUGAACCGUUUGGCCUGGGACGCCACUUCACCGAGCCGCGGAGUUAGGCAAGCCAGACAUCGUCAAGUACUUGUUAGAGCAAGGAGCCGAUCCUUUGAAGUUGGAUAGUAGAGGGAAGACACCACGCUUCUGGGCAGAGAAGAAGGACCAUUCGCAAGUAGCUAGCAUUCUCAAUGAAGCAGAAAAUCGGCAAUCCAACACACGACCUUGUCUAUAGCUCCGAGUCCAUACAGUUUCCUAAAUUUCUCUCUAAGUUACCACUAGGUAUCACCUAGUGCCGUCCCGAAUUUCUCAUUAAAUCUAUAUAGCCCGUUUUUCUCGAGAUCGUGCCAUAUCUUUACCGGCGGCUUGAGGAUGGUGACCUUCUCGUCGCUACGGGUAAUCGCUUACCUCGUUUUGCUCGGUAGCAGCUAGAUGUAUGUGGGCGGAGUUUAGAGUUUAGAGUUAGAGUUUGGUUGAAACUGGGCGCCCGGCAAAUUCCGCCGCGCUGGCAACUCAACACCCUUAAAGGCACGUGUACCGAAAUCAAAAG